GUCUGCGGGAGACAGGGGUCGCCUCGGGCGGGGCGGAGACUGGCAGGUCUUCAACAGAACAUGUGAAGUUAUCUCGAAAGUUGCUCAAUUUACUACUAUCUAAUUAUUCAAAAUGGGGAAGCUGGUUGUCAUAUCACUUUUUGUUGCUGCUUUAUCAGCAUUUCUUGGAGAGAGAAUUAUUAACUUAAAGAAAAGGACUCUUGCUUCCAGAAAGCUUGUCCAAACCCACCUCCCAAACUGCCAUCCAAUCAAAAGCCUUGAGUACGGAUCAGAGGACCUCACAAUACUUCCCAAUGGACUUGCUAUUAUUAGCACUGGCUUGAAGGAUCCUGUAUUGCCGUCCUAUUCAGAUGACCCUGGAAAGAUGUACACCCUUGAUAUGAGUGAAGAUUCUAGGAUGAAACCAGUGGAGCUCCGCAUGGGGAGAGGCUUUGACCUGGACUCCUUCAAUCCACAUGGAAUCAGUGUAUACACAGAUGAGACGGAUAACUCAGUAUACCUGUUUGUGGUCAAUCACCCUCAAAAGAAAACACAAGUGGAGAUCUUUCUGUUUGUUGAGGAGGACCACUCCCUUGUCUAUGUGAAAACCAUAAAGCAUGAAUUCCUUCACAGUGUGAAUGACAUUGUGGCUGUGGGAGUGGAGAGCUUCUAUGCCACCAAUGAUCACUAUUUCAGUGGAGGCACUCUGAAUACUCUGGAGGUACUUCUGGCUCAGCCCUGGUCUAACGUUGUGUAUUACAGCCCUGAAGAGGUCAAAGUAGUGGCUGAGGGAUUCUACAUGGCCAAUGGCAUCAACAUCUCACCUGACAAAAGGCACAUAUAUGUGGCUGACUUAUUUGACCACAACAUACAUGUUUUGGAGCGACUGGAAAGCAAUGGUUUGAAUGGUUUGGCCCCAGUAAAGGUCGUGGAAGUGGGCUCUCUUGUUGACAACAUUUAUGUUGACCCUGAGACUGGCGACUUGUGGAUAGGUUGUCACCCUAAUGGCUGGAAACUAUUUCGAAAUGAUCCUGAGGAUCUUCCUGGAUCUGAGGUGAUUCAGAUUAAAGACAUCCACUCUGAGAAGCCAGUGGUGACCCAGGUCUAUGCUGAUGAUGGCAGUGUGCUCAUAGGAUCCUCUGUAGCAGCUCCCUACGGAGGAAAGCUUCUCAUUGGAACAAUCUACCAGAAAGCCUUGGUCUGUGAUCUAGCCAAGGUAGACCAGUAGCCAAUGCUUUAUGUACAAAACAGGCUUCCGACGUGGGUUGUGGUCGGAAGAGUGCAAGUGUGCAACAUACUGAAUGUUGCAGAUGGAAAUGCAAUGAAUAGAGUUAACAAGAUUCCUUACUCUAUAUGACAGGGAGGGAUGUCUGUUCUACAUAAUAUACAGUGGGGCAAAAAAAUAUUUUGUCAGCCACCAAUUGUGCAAGUUCUCCCACUUAAAAAGAUGAGAGAGGCCUGUAAUUUUCAUCAUAGGUACACUUCAACUAUGACAGACAAAAUGAGAAAAUCACAUUGUAGGAUUUUUAAUGAAUUUAUUUGCAAAUUAUGGUGCAAAAUAAGUAUUUGGUCAUUUUUCUGGCUCUCACAGACCUGUAACUUCUUCUUUAAGAGGCUGUAUAUCUAGCUGAAAAUUCCUCAAUGUUGUGCCAUACUGAAUUCUGCCGUGGCCUGUGGGGUUCAAGUUGAUAAGUAAAAAAAUAUAUUUUAAAGUUCAUUCAUUGCAUGCUCUGUCUAAUCACAGGAAGUUAGAUUUGCAAUAAAGUUGACAAAAUGAUAUGUCAAAGAUAACGCUGGUGCACUGAACAAGACCUGUAACAAUACAAUACAUAGUAAUGUUGUAUAAAAGUUGAUAAAUGACAGGAGAAAUGACUUGAUAAGAAUAAUCUGACUGUUAUUUUUUUUUGCCUAAAAUGACAUACCCAAAUAUAACUGCCUGUAGCUCAGGACCUGAAGCAAGGAUAUGCAUAUUAUUGAUACCAUUUGAAAGGAAACACUUUGAAGUGUGUGGAAAUGUGAAAUUGAUGUAGGAGAAUAUAACACAUUAGAUCUGGUAAAAGAUAAUACAAAGGGGGAAAAAAACAUGUAUUUUUUAUUGCAUCUUUGAAAUGCAAUAGAAAGGCCAAUAUCUCACUUAGGAGUCUAGGUGCAAUUUCACUAGAUGGCAGCAGUGUAUGUACAAAGUUUUAGACUGAUCCAAUGAACCGUUGCAUUACUGUUCAAAAUGUUGUUUCAAGUCUGCCCAAAUUUGCCGAAUUGGUCAAUUAACAUAACUAUAGAGAACAUACAAAAAUGAUAUGGUAAUAAAAAAUGUAAGUUUACACACUUCUAGGAAUGUCAUAAAUUAUGGAUAAUUAGCUUCCCUACAGAAAAUACACCAACCUUCACACAUCUAGAUGUGAUGUUUUUUAAUAUAAAAAUGGAUUUUAUCAAACAAAACUAAGCUACAUUUUAUCUCUGGAUGACAAAUCAGAGCAAGAUUCUGAAUGUAAGUAUGUUAUUUACCUUCAGAGGUGAAUAUAUCAAACCAGUUGCUGUGAUAAAAAAUGUUUUGUUGUUGUGCACUCUCCUCAAACAAUAGCAUGGUAUUUUUUCACUGUAAUGGCUACUGUAAAUUGGACAGUGCAGUUAGAUUAACAAACAUUUAAGCUUUUUGCCCAUAUAAGACAUGUCCUGGGAAAUGUUCUUGUUACUAAUGAAGAGGGUUAAACCAAGGCCUUAUACCUUUUAAAGGGUUAAUAAAUUAUCUUAUGGUAAACUGUAAGGUCUCCUCUUCAGGAGACCUCUGUGUGUGUGUGUGUGUUAAAAUCUGUUUUUGAGUGAUGUGACCUUCAGACACUAUCAGAAGGCGUCUACAUUCAGACUCCUCCUGUCUGGAUCCCACCGUGGUUAUCUGGUUUUCUGAGAACACAAGGCUGUCACAGACCUGAUGAAACCAGCCACCUAUCAGAAGAUACUUACACUCGUUCAUACUUGUGAUGACAGGUCAAGUUUCAGUUAAACCCACUUCUGAGCUUUUAAUUGCUGAUAAGAUGGUUACUGCUGUCAGAGGGAGGUUAGAUUUAUUAAAAUGUUGUUGCCAGGGAAACUCAUGCAAGGAGGACUGGGAGAGGCUAUAUGAGUCUUACACAUUUUGCAGAACUUGGGGAGAACUAUUAUGUACUGUUAUACUGUACUCUGUACCAACUUCUGCCUACAAUUGUAUUACUAAAAUGAGUAUUUUAAUACUUAAA